AUGUGUAUUCACCGGAGCGCACCAGAAACACUUAUGCACUCUGCAGACUUGUUGCUACAGCCUCACAACGGUUCUCCCCUUUAUAGCUCGCUUGGGAAGUCCAGCUACUUCUACCCGGAUCUCACCACGAACACCCGGAUCCUUCUGGAGUGUUUUCAGUCCGAGGACAGAGAGUGUGCCUUUACAGACCACCUGCAGGGGUCGGAGCCUCACAGCGGACCCACCAAUGAGCUGCGAGGAGUGGUGCGAGAAAAUGGCACAAUUCGCUGCAGUCGCGGCUCCCGCUGCUAUGGGUUAUGGGAAAAGAGACCAGACGGGGAAAUACACCUGGUCAAGCAAGGUUGCUGGACUCACAUUGGCAACCAGCAGGAGUGUCAUGGCGACCGUUGCCUGGUAACAGCGACACCCUCUCAGAUCCAGAACGGCAGCUAUCGGUUCUGCUGCUGCAGCCGGGACCUCUGCAACGCUAACUUCACCGAGGCCACGCCCACAGCCGACACCCCCGCCCUGAGGCUGAUGAAGACAGGUGGGCGGGAUGACAGACAGACAGAUAACCAGCCGCUGCGGCGGGAGGAAACGGCACUCAUCGCCCUGGUAACCGUCGCCAUAGCAGCCAUUGUCAUCAUGGCGUUGUUCCUGGGAUACCGUAUGAUGAAAGGGAAGCAGAAACACAGUCUGUCGGCUCUGGAUGUGAUGGAGGCAGCAAACGCAGACGCUGCUGUUGACCUGGAUAAUCUGAAGCUUCUGGAGCUGAUUGGUCGAGGUCGUUACGGCACGGUGUUUCGCGGCUGUCUCAACGAGCGCUGCGUGGCUGUCAAACUUUUCAGCUCGGCCAACCGGCAGAACUACGUCAACGAGCGCUCCAUCUACUGUCUGCUGCAGCUGCAGCAACACGACAACAUCGCCCGCUUCCUGACUGCGGACGAGAGGACGGCGGCCGACGGACGACCAGAGUUCCUGAUCCUCAUGGAGUUCUACCCUCAUGGCUGCCUGUCUCGCUACCUGUCUCUCCACACGGUGGACUGGUCUACCUGCUGCAGGAUGACUCACGGCGUCACCAGAGGACUCGCCUUUCUGCACACUGAGCUCUACAGAGGGGACCAGUGUAAACCAGCGGUGGCCCACAGAGACGUGACCAGCAGGAACGUUUUGGUCCGGGCCGAUUUGUCCUGUGUCCUCGCCGACUUUGGUCUGUCCAUGAGGCUGACAGGAAGCCGGCCCUGUCGCCCCGGAGACGAUGACACCAUGGCAAUAUCUGAGGUGGGGACAGUGCGGUACAUGGCUCCGGAGGUUCUGGGUGGAGCUCUGAAUCUCCGGGACUGUGAGGCGGCGUUGAAGCAGGUGGAUGUUUACGCUCUGGGUCUGCUCUACUGGGAGAGCUUCAGGAGGUGCUCACACCUGUUCCCAGAUGAAGCAGUACCAGAGUACCAGCUGGCGUUCCAGGCAGAGUUGGGGAAUCAUCCCAGCUUUGAGGAGAUGCAGAUCCUCGUUGCCAGAGAGAAAUACAGACCCAGAUUCCCUGAAGCCUGGAAGGAGAACAACCUGGCGUUGCGUUCCCUGAAGGAGACGAUGGAGGACUGCUGGGAUCAGGACGCUGAAGCUCGACUCACCGCUCAGUGUGCAGAGGAGAGACUUGCUGAACUCACACUGCUGAGUACACACACUGCAGUACACAACCACAGGAAUCUGUCUCACGGCCGCUGGCCUCCUCCCAUUGGCUCCGCCUCCUCCUACAUGGAGGAUCUCCAAGUGGGCGUGGUCAAGAAUCUCCAGGGAGACGGCCACCAAGCAUCAGUCGUCAACACGACCACGAGUGGAGCCGAAGCAGUUGAAAAGAACAGAAACUCCAUCAACUACGAACGGCAGCAGGCUCAAAGUCAGGCUCGCUCGUUCACUUCAGACAGCAAUGUGUCGACCACAGCUCUCCUGCCGCAGGCCACCGUCCUCUGCAGUAUCUCCGAGUCUGAACACACCGGUGGCGCUGUGCCCAGUGUGCCAGUCUGCCUGCAGCUGACAGAGGAAGACCUGGAGGCCCCCAAACUCAACCCCAAAGAGGUUGAUAAGAACUUGAGGGACAGUUCGGAUGAAAACUUGAUGGAACAUUCACAGAAACAGUUUGGUUCAACAGAGCGACAAACUACCAACCUGCUGCACCUUCAAAUCCUACAAACUGCAGAGGCUAACAAUCAGGGUGUACAGGGGAGUGUCGGUGGGGUUGAUGCCCCUCUCUCAGCCUCCAUCCACCCCCUCCCCAAACAGCAGAACCUGCCCCAGAGGCCCACUAGCCUCCACCUUCUCUCCCAAACCAAGGAGACCGCCUCGGCCUCUUCCCGACUUAAGCUAGGAAAGCUCAAGUCGAACCACAGACAGGUGGAAACAGGUGUUGCUAAGAUGAACACGGUGACAGUUGCCACAGCUGUAGAGCCCCACCUGGUAAACGCGGUGACCAACAACACGAGAGGCGGCGUUUCAAGUGGGAAACAAGUCCACCUUAGAAUGGUCGCCAACAGCUACAGUGCGGGCGUCCCCACCCUGGUGACAAAUGGGAUGAUAGGCGGAGGUCGAACCAAUCCUGCAGGGCCGCAACUGGAGGAGGAGGACAAGAUGGAGGGAGGGAUAAUCGAAGUAGAGGGGAUGAACCUCCUCAACUCCAGUCCUGAUGAACAUGAACCACUGCUGAGGAGAGAACAGCCGCCCGCUGAGAGCGAACCCCUUCCUCAUCUGCAUUCUCAUCAGCCACGACCCGGAAAUGUCCUGACGGGUCGAGGCUCAAACUCCAACAACAACAACAAUAGGAUUGGGUUGGGAUCAGACGUCAACAUCCGGGGUGUAGAGGUUGAACCUGAAAGGAAAAUUAGUUCAGAGGUCAACAGUCCUAAACCAGAGUCACACCUGGCAAGUCAGCAGGUCAGUGGAUCCCCGGCUGCUGCUCCAGUUUCAAAUCUGGAAAAUAGAAUUCUGCUUUCUGGUCCAGCAGGACUAGCUACACCUGGCCCUGCCCCAACACCACAGGGCCCUCCCACCGACCAGGAUGGAAGUCAAAGCUCAGAUACAGGCCCAUGUGUCCAGAGAGCCCUUUUUGCAGAACCAGAAUUGACCCCUCGGCCCGCCAGAAGCCCAGAGGGUCAACUGGUCCACCCAGCUGCACUACUCCCAGGCUGCAGAGAUCCAGAUCCUGGCUCAGCUCCAAGCUCAGCAAAAGCUCCAGGAGUGCUAGUUCCACAGGCCACAGGAACCCCAGCUCCACAAGCACAAGACCCAGCCAGGGGAACCUCAACCUCAUCCUCAAACCCCGUAGUUUUAGAUGCCCUGACCCUUUCUCCGGAUAUUCAUGUCCUAAAAGCUCCAGUCUUGGAAGCUCCAGUCGUGAAUCCAAAACCUUCACCUUUAGAGGUUCCAGCCUCAGAAUAUCCAGCUCCAGAAACUCCAGCUUUGGAAUCUCGAGAUUCAGAAACCACAGCUCUUGCAGAAGCCUCAACUCCAGAACCUGCAGCUCUACAAAGGCCAGCCUUAGGUCCACAAACUCUAGGUCUGCUGCGGUCCCAGAUGGGCCCGGCCAAAGCCAAGAGGCCUGAACGCCCUUGUUCCCUGGAUCUGUCCUCAUCCUGCAUCUCCUCAGAUGAUGUUUCUCUGACAGAAAACGGCAGUCUGAGCGCUUCAGGAGAGAAAAUAAAACGGCGUGUCAAGACUCCAUACACCCUGAAAAAAUGGCGUCCAGCCUCAUUGGUUGUUUCCACAGACACAGCUCUCGACCCGGACUUUGAGUUCAACACCAGUGGCAGUAGCAACAGCCAGACCCAUUUCUCUUCUGGUCUUUUUAGAGCAGGAAGCAUUGGCAUCCCAAAAAUCAAUCAGUCAAAAUCCAGCAUGGCUGUUUUUUUGGUAGGAGGUGGAGCCACGGCCACCACAACGUCCGAGCCUGAUGGACUGACCUGCUUCUAAAGCUGUUUGAUUAAAAGUUUCCUUUUAUUUUCUUAAAGGAGAGCAGAUUCAUUUUGUUCACUUCUUUGUCUUCCUUCUCUUUUGUUGUGGAAAAUGAAGAUCACUGUCUGCCGCACCAUUCAGCCUCCCCAGCACUAACCUGAACCUAACGAUAAAUUGGAGGCAUAGGAAAUGACUCACCGCAAAAUGCUCCCAGGCCACAGCAUUGAUUACAUUUUGACAGAAGUCACCGGACAUGAAAUCAAACAGGAACUGUUUAUGAGAUUUCAAAAAGGAGAUUUGGAUUCCUUGUUGUAGCCACAUUUUCUUGAUUGAGCUGGACACUUUUUGAAGGAUUGCUGCUGAAAAGCCCAGUCCUGUGACCAUUUGACCUCGGACUUUCAACCAUGUUUAGCGCAAAUGCCAAUGAUGUCCAAAAAUAUAUUUAUGUUGGUGGUGAAGUGAGGGAAUUCUCCAACCUCAAGAUGACAGGCUCCUGUAGCAAGUAGUCUUGUGGCUUGUGGAUAUGGUCAGAUGUUCAUAGGUAUAGGUGACCCUACCUUGGUGGUAAAGCAAAGGAAGUCCCUUUUUUAGUAGAUAUUUGGACUGUAACUCAUUAUGUGGCUAGUGGGUGUGGCUAGUAGAGCCCGACCGAUAUGAGAUUUCGAUAUUUGAGGAUUUUAAAAUCGCCUGAUAUCGGCCGAUAUUCUUUUCCCCUUAUUUUAAGAAACGCAUAACAUAAUAACGAUAAACAGGGCUCUCCUACACAAAUAAUGCAAAUAAUUAUGCAGUAGUUAUUACCUUACAUAUAACCUGCCACAAUAACAUCUAGUUUUUCACCUGCACUCUAUAUAUUCUAUCCAAAGCUACAGAAACGAUUUCCUAACACACUUCUGGCUCCAUGAUACAGUGAUGCAGAGGAAACGCUGCCAUUUAAUUAAUCUAAUACUACAUGACUGUCUACAACGAGGACCUGUGUUAGAUACUCAGCUCAUGUUUUAUCAUUUCUGACACGCCGACGGUAACUAGAGACACUACAGUUUGAUCGCUCAUUAAUGUUAGCCUCCUCCACUGAUAAACACGGCGUUAGCUUUGUGGCUAACUUAGCAACAAGCAGCAUUAGCUGCUGUUGGCGUUGUUAGAAAAGAAAUAAAUUGGAGAGAAAUGAGAGGUCCGGUCGCUAGAACUGCCAAACUGUUUCAGAAACAAAUCUACAUUCAUGUUUGUCAUCGGUAGACUGCGGUCAGCUGAUCAGCUGUUCUGUGGUGCUGCAGUGUUGUUAACAGAGGAGCUGCAACGCUCCCUCUGGUGGGCAAACUAUGCAACACUCAUGAUCUGAGGGAAGGAGCCGACUGUCUGUUUCUCUUUUGUAAUAGUCAUAUCGGCUGUUACAAACACCGAUGCAGAUACAUCUGCAAGUAGCUUAUAUUGGCCGAUAAUAUCUGCAAAGCGGCCAAUCGGUCGGGCUCUAGUGGCUAGUGGGUGGCAGGUGUAGCGCUUACCCAAGAUGUUCAAAAUGCAGACACCCCUCCCAUUGCUGGUGAAGUGAGCACAUUCCCUGACUUCUAAACGACUCCUGUUGCAACUAGUCUUGUGGCUGGCGGAUAUGGCCAGCUGCUUGUGUGUAUGGCCUUAAAACUUACCUGAGGACUGAAUUGGACCGAGACUUUAAAAUCUCUUUGAGUUGAUAGUGAGGUUAAGGAAGCUCCUUGCUGGUGGAAAUUUGGGCGCCUGCUAUGAUUCAGCUUGUGGCUAGCUGAAGUGCUCAGUGGCUAGUCAGUGUCAUCAGAGAGGAUUGGGGCAAGUCAGUAGUCAUAUAUUCUAAAGCACUUUAAAAGUUAGUGUUGUAGGGAAUUAACAAACCAUAUCAAGGACACCUUGUGCAAUUACAAUAGUAACAGUCACACUUGUCUAAGAAAUGCUUUGUUUUCUGUGUCUUUGUACAGCGGUUUAUAUCAUUUGAGGAGCCGGUUUUGCUUUAAACUUUUACUCUAGCUAUGCAGUCAGCUCAUGAUGCCUCCUGUUGACAACGUGUUUAGCUCAGAUGUAUCAACAGAUUGACGACAUUACUGUUGGAGGGUCUCUAUUCAUCUAAUUUGCACUUUUUUUUAUGAAGCAGUCUCAACCCCCAUGUUAGGGCUGCAAGGACAGAACAUCUGGAGAAAGGAGAAGAAACCAUCAGCCUUUUCGCCUGUCUAACCUCGGCCACGAACAACCUCCUCAGGUAACCUUAGAAGGUAAAGAAAGAUCAGACUGUCAGAAGAAAGAAGGUGAAGGACAGAGUUGAUCCAACAGACAAAAUAGGCCUUCGAACAACUCCAAAGCUGUCUUAUUUACAUGUUGUGUUGUGUUAGUCAACGAUCCAUCCUGAGUCAGUUGGAUUGUAGGCGUAGCACAGUGAGCUGCCGGUUUAUUAGGUCCAGUCGUACAAUUUAAAGGUCGAUGUAUGCUUCAAAUUAAAUGCUAGUCUAACAACUUCUAUCAGUGUGUUGGAAAGUAACCAAAUUUGGAUUUAAAGAUGUUCUUAUUCAGACUUUUCUGUAAACUCUGUCUCAUUAUAAUGCAGCCGUUGAGAGCAGCAGUUACCUCUGGUGGACACUUUUAGGGUCGCCAACGUGCAGAGUUGGUCUAGUAAAUUCAGUUUAUAAUUGAUCCACAGCACUUUAUUUUAGUGUAACAAACCUGGACCAACCUGCUCGCCAUCGACCAGGUGUUAGAGACGCUGAAAAUUAGUUCUUUAAUUUUGAAUUAAUUCCAAACGUGACGCUUGGUGUAUGAGACAUGCCGUCUGACAAGUGGAUCUUUAUCAUUUAUAUUUAUAUGUUAAUAUUUACAAGGUAUAUACAUAAUAAUAAUAAUAGAAGUAGUAGUUGUAGUAGAACAUUUUUAAAAUGUCAGAUUUUUUAAUAGAGUUUGGUGUGACAUGUUUAUAAACAAAAGAAACAGGAGGAAUUGGUGAGAUAAUGACUUAGGACUGAAUUGAACUGUCACCGUUUUUCUUAAAUUUUAUUUCUAUUUGUUAUUGUUUUGUUGUUUUUAUAACAAAGUGACUGUUAAUUCAUAGUUACAUUCACUGGACAUUUAAAAUGGUUUUUUUUGAAUGGCUGAUUUUAUAAAUGCCAAGUUGUAAAAUCUUAGAUUUCUACAUGUAUGUAUGUGACAAACCUAACUGCUCGUUUGUGUAACUGCAGUAAGUUAACUUAUUACCAUUUAGUAAUCCUUACGCACUUUAUUUCUUGCACUUUUGUAAAAUCCGUAUUUUAUUUUUCUGUUUAUUGUUCUAAAUUUGAGUUUAGUUUUCACAUGAAUUAAGGAGCAAAAACAAAUAUUUUUUCUCUUCUUACUGCUCACCCACACUGUCAACAGCAACAUAAAUAUUAUUAUACUCUUAUUAUUCUGUUAAGAUGCCUUUACGAUGUAUUUAUGUUUUGUUAUUUUUGUAUUUUCUACUGUUUGUACUGUUUUUAGAUAUGCUAAUGUGUACAUAUGGACGUGCCCUGAGAAUUAUUUGUUUUACAUCAUGGCAUUUGUGAAGGCAUGCGUGACUUAGCUCAGAGCUAACUGUACUUUAGAACCAGGGCUAAGUGUAGAUCUGGUUUAGGGAGCUAAUUCUACAACCAGAAGACUUUAACUUGUUUGGAACCAGGGAUAACCGACACUGAUUUAAAUCCAUAGAUAGUUGGUCAAACUAUUAUUUCCCACACUUAGAAUUUAGCUAUGGUUGUCAGCUAGCCCUGGUUUAGCUAGUUCUGGUUCAGGUAGAGUUUGCUAACUAGCCCUGCUCCGAAAGCUUCUUUAUCACCAUUUAGGCGUCACACUAUCUGAGAAUGAUUUGAGAACUUCAGGUGUGUUCAGACUGAGUACAAAACAAAUUUUCACCAGACAUCAUUUAACAAAUGCAAUGUUUCUUCAAUGUACGACAUUACAGAUAUUGGCUUUAUUUAUAACUUUCUAAAUAAGCUAGCUAGCUAAUACAGCCUCAAACUGUUAAGUCGUAGUCGUUCAGAGUUAAAGUUUCCCAUAAACACCAGACACACACUCAACAUACAGUAAUAGCAUGCUAGCUGGCUAAUUCUCAUCUAAUUUGGGGUCUGAUAAACAAUGAAUUCAUCAAAUUCAGUGCAUGGCGCUAUUUUACAAGCUACUGUAGCUGUCAGAUUUCGCAGUUUUUUAUUGGACCGCAGCCAUCAAGGCUUUUGUCAUGCGGGAGCCGGCGUGUUUUUAUCUAAAGUUGGUUGGAAACCUGGGUAUCCGAACCUGAACACACUGUUAUUUUCCUCUGGUCUAUCAGAGUCAAACAGCUUUGGCGUUAGCUCGACUUUUUAACUGAAGCAGAAACAUUUUCAACUUGUGCUUUUUCACCACAAUUUUUUCUUUGACUUUAUAACAUUAUAUACAAUUACACAGCCUAUUCUCAUCUCCAGAGCGUCAAAUAGCAACGCUUUGUCACGUCUUUCGACAUCUGGUACCAACGCCCAUGGCACCCCUUAGCGCCAUUGUUCAACGCUACUAGUACUACUAUAAAUAACAGAAAAGUCAGAGUAAAGAGAUGUUUGGGGUGGACGGGUGGGACAAAAACUGGACUUUAAACCAGGAGACCAGUGUUUGUUUCCCUUGUGAAACAAAAAGUCAACCUGGUUAUUGAUAUUAUGUAAGUUAGGUAAGUUACUUUAAGCCAAACCAUGAUCUUUUCCUAAACUUAAGCAAACUGCCAUGUUAACCACUAGUUUUAUUUUGAAAGUCUAACCGGGUGUUAUGUAUUUAUUCUUGCUAACUUGACCGCGGAGCCCUACACGUACAAAAAUGAAGGGUACCCAGGGCGUUAGAAAGUGAUGCCUUGGGGUGAGAACGGGUUGAAUUAAACCCUCUCUAAACUUUGGUUUGUCUGGAGUCUGAAAACACAUUUAGCCAAAAUCCGUUCAGGGUGAACUUUUAUCUUGGCGAUAAUGCUGAACUAAAAAUGUGCCAGAAAACGUCUCUAAUGGUGGAUUACCCCUUUAAAGUCAUUUACUGUAGCUUAUAUAGUUCGCUCAAUAAAUAGGAUCUACAUGUCAUCUGUAUUACUACAUUUAUGAUGAACAUAUUUUUGCCUCCUGCAUGAAACAUCACACCACUAAAAUGGUAUUUAUAUUAUUUCUGAUGUCUCUUCAGCUGUCAGAAGCUCUGUAACUCUGCUUGAGUUACUGUAUAAUAUUGUCCACAGUACAGAUGCAGUACAGAUUCGCGACGGGGCGUCUCUUCCACGGCUAACAGUGUGUAUUGUAGAUUUAAAAAACCCAUAAUAUUUAACUGAAGUUUAGCUGCUGUUUGUCCUCUGCUACCCGAUGACUCUGGGACGCUUGAAUUUCCCAGUCUGUUGUUGGAUAUUCUGUGUAUUUCUUUGGCUAUCAUGUGUAUUUAUGUAUGAUAGUUUUGACUUUCCUGUAGUGUAAGUACUCUGUAUACAUUAUUACACAUUGUAUACUUUCAUAUGGGACCAAUUACCACCGCUGUAUACUGUUAGUGUUGUAAUCUGCAAGCUCCAAAGUCACAAUCCUUCUCACGGUUAACACACAGCACUCACACAAAGCAUGCUGUACAAUCCUACAGAUUAUGAAUCAACUUUGGUGGUUCAUACAAAGAGUUUCAUCCCAACAUGUUGUAAUAUCCACGUAGAGGACAUAAAAAUAUCACAAGCUUAAGUUCAUCAUUGAAUAAAGUGCAGAGGAUCCAGCGUG